CAUAUAAAAAUGUACUAGAAAACCAAAAAAAAAACUUUAUCAUAAGAUUCAGUAUGGACCAUUAAUUUGUACACUCCAAAAAUUAUCUUAAGUCCAAUGUGUGUUUCAUAUACAUAACUUCCUUCUCAUGAAUGUGGAAAAUAUGAAUUCAAAUGAGAUGAAGAUUAGAGGAGAACUAGAAAGGGAUGUUGAAAGAGAUUUAGAGGAUGAAAUUAAAGAAGGAAUUUGCCAAUUAGCACUAAGAUUACAUAGGCUUUACAAACAUCAAGAGGAAAGGAAUAACACAAAGAAAGCAAUUGAUGACCAUGGUACAAGAGACAACGCACGAGGUACAAGCGCUAAAACGCUCUCCGAAGUGAACAUAAAUAUAAAAAUGGAAGGAGGUACGAAGAUUGAAAUAAAAGAAAUCAAGAAAGAAGCACGUCGUCGUAGUUUUAAGGUAUCGAGUAACGUGCAGAGAAUGGUUAAUACACGUCCACCAAAAUUUGAUUGGACGCAGAGUUUAAGGUCUGGACCUACUCCUGUUACAGGUUAUAAUAAGAUCGAUAACUUCAGAAAUCGAACUAAAAGUACUGUCAAGAGCGGUCAACAGAACGUUAAAGAUUCUGAAAGUGUUGGGACAAAAUCUUCUAAUUGUUUGAAGUAGAAGGAGGAGAGUUUAAAAUUGGGAAUUCAAUAACACAAUGUUAGAGUUUAUUCUUGUUUUUUUUUUUCUUGACCUAAUUUUGGGAUUUUAAUGUUGUUUGAUUUAAUAGGGUUACUAUAAUGUUGUGUGACAUAAUAAGAGACAAAAUGGGAUGGCAUUGACUAUAACAUAUGUAUUUAUUAUGACUUGUAGGGAAUUUGAGGAUUGAAGUGAA